AUAUCAGAAAGCCCCACCCUAAAGUUGCGAUCUUGGCAAUCGACCCUGAAAGGCUAAAACUUUCCGAUGAAGCGCCGGGAAGAAAAACGGCGAGAGUUCCACGAAGCCCUUCUUCGCACUCUCUAUCCUCCUCCGUCUUCUCCGCCACCGCCGGUGGUAGACGACAAACCGCUCGACGUAACAUUCUUAGAUCCAGAUUACGUGAGCAUCGGUUCGUCAGAUAGCGAAGACGAAUACGAGGAUGGCGUUGGAGACGAAUUGAAUACGGCACAAAAACCGAGCCGAGCGCAGAGGAAGAGGUUGAGGAAGAAGAUGCUCAAAGAGGAGGCGGUCCGCCGAGGGAAGCUGAUCGGACCUUUGCUGCCGUCAACAACGGCUGAAACUCGGAGAACAGUCGCAGAUACGCAUAGUGACUCUGAAAUCGGCGGGGGUGGAAGCGGAGAACAAUGUGUUCGAGGAAAUGCCCCAGAGAACAAAGAGAAAUUUUGCGGCAGAGAUAAGAUGGGCAGAGUGAAGAAGAGGAGGGUGGCGAAGAAGAUGGCCAAAGGGAGCUCCAAACCGGUUCAACCCUUGAUCUCGGAAACUCAAGAUUAGUGUGCUGAAAUCUCCUUCACAGAUUACGAUCUUGAAGAUUCAAAGCAUCGGGUGGCGAAAAGGAAGAAGCGGAGAUUGGAAAAGUGGCAAAAAACCAGCUUCAAUGCUUUGAUUUGACGGGGGAAACCGGGAAAGACACUUCUCAUUCAUCACAGCCUCUGCCUUUGCAGUGUGUGAGCCAAUUGAUGCGUGUUGAUCUCAGAAUCUGGUCUCUGUUAUUUGGGCCUUGUCGUUGAUUGGAAGCCCAAUAACUUAAUGGGCUCAACUGAAACCCAACCAAUGAAUUCUACUAUGUUAAUGGAUUGGGUUUAGAUACAACCCGCCAACAAUUGGACCUACCCAUUUAAUAAAAGCCCAAUUGCCGCA